CCAUAUGUUAUAUCAUCAUAUAUUCAAUUAAUUGUAAAUAUAAUGACAAGCACUCUUAUAAUAUAUUUAAUUAUAAGUCUUUACAGAACGAUUAAAAAUGAUAUUUCAUUGAGAUUACAACAAAUGACUGAAGAUUUAAUGCUAGAAGCAUUAAUUUGCAAAAAACAAUAUGUUGAAAAUCAUUGUGAGCCAGAAAAUGUUGUUCCAGCAUUAGAGAAAAGAUGUUUAGAAUGGAGUAAAUGUUUUAAUAAGGAUUUCAAUGCAGCGUUUUAUAACUCGAGCAUUGGAGCAGAAACAUUAGGACAAGUUAUAAAUUCAUUAAUUGAACCAAUCGGGUUUAAAGCGUUGUUAGUUGGAGGAAUUGGGCUCGUUGUUUGGGUGUUUAUUUCCAAUGUGCUAUUCGGGUAUAUUCGA